AUGUCUUCCUCCCUGACUUGCGUCUUUCUUUUCCUUCAAACUGUAUCCGUCUUGUGCAAGUUGGAUAUUUCUCGCUGCCCUCUGUUCUUGAAGCCUAGUGUCUCCAGGGAUGGGGACUUGCAACUGGACGCAUUUAUUCCCCUCUACUACUUGAAUUUACAAACAGAUAUGCAGAAAUUCUCUUUUCUGCACAUGCCAGCACAAAGGUUACCUGACGAGUGGGAUUGGAAUAAUUAUCCCUAUGCUCUGGCCUUUCUCUUCGCCAUUGAAGAGAUCAACAAGGACACCCAUCUGCUCCCCAAUUUGACACUUGGUUUCAAUAUCUACAAUGCGCUUCAUUUUGAUCAUAAAACCUUAGAGAACAUCUUGUUUUGUUUCUCCGGAGGGAAACGAGCUGUCCCUAAUUAUGAUUGCCAGGAACAGAAAAAAUCUGUUGCCGUUAUUAUAGGAACCAGGAUAGAAUUUUUCAGAGAUAUUAGACCACUUUUGGAACUCUACAAAACCCCACAGGUCACAUAUGGGCCGUUUGAUUCUUUACUGAAUGAUAAAGAGCGAUUCUCAUCAGUCUAUCAAAUGGCUACUAAAGACAAUGUCCUGGUCCUUGGCGUGGUCUGGUUAUUACAGCAUUUUGACUGGACUUGGGUGGGAUUCUUUGCCUCGGAAGGGAUAAGAGGGAUGAUGUGGGUCAUAGCUACAGGGUCAUAUGUUGACUGGUAUAAGAUGAAGAACAUAAUAGAUCUUUUCCAUGGAAGUCUCUCAUUUUCACCCAAGAAGAGAGAAGUGCCUGGCUUUGAAGACUUCGUGAAGACAUUGAACCCUUCCAAAUACCCAGAAGACUUUUAUAUCAUUCAGCUGUGGCUUGACAUGUUUAAUUGUUCAUUUGCUGGCUCACUAUGUGGGAAUCUUAAAGACUGUCCACCAAAUUCUUCAUUAGAGUUUAUGCCAGGGAAUAUGGACCUGUUGACCAUGACUGAAUCCAGCUAUAUUAUCUACAAUGCCGUGUAUGCAGUGGCCCAAGCCCUCCAUGAGAUGCUCCUGGCAAAAACUGAAACAGAAUUGACCAGUGAUGCAAACCAACCAACAUUCCUCUCCUGGCAGCUUCACCCUUUUCUGAGAAGGCUCCAACUCAUCAACAGCAUAGGAGACCACGUCUCCUUGGAUGACAAAAGAAACAUUCCAAAAAAGUAUGAUAUCCUCAACAUUUUGCCAGUUACUGCUGCUGCUCAUGACUUUCUGGCUAAAGUAGGAGAGUUUGUCUUCAGUGGUCAAAAUCAAAACUUGGAUAUCCAUGAAGAGAUCAUAAAUUGGCCUGUUGAAUUGGAAGAGCCUCCACAAUCAGUUUGUACCCAGAGCUGUGGUCCAGGAUUCAAGAAAGUUGCAAAUGAAACAGAUAUCUGUUGCUUUAAAUGUGUCUUCUGUCCAAAGCUAGAGAUUUCACAGCAGAAAGAUGUACAGGAGUGCACCAAGUGCUCAGAUCAAGAAUAUUCAAACCAAGAAAGAACCCGCUGUCUCCCCAAACUGGUGACCUACUUGUCCUUUGAAGAUUCCUUGGGCAUGGCUCUGGCCUGCACAGCUUUGUGCUUCUCUGUGCUCACAGCUGGGGUUCUGUGUGUCUUUGUGAAGCACCAAGACACCCCCAUAGUCAAGGCCAAUAACAGGACUCUCAGCUACAUCCUGCUCAUCUCCCUGCUCCUCUGCUUCCUCUGCUCCUUUCUCUUCAUUGGACGUCCACACCUAGUCACCUGCAUCCUCCAGCAAAUCACAUUUGGACUUGUGUUCACUGUGGCUCUUUCCACUGUGUUGGCAAAAACCAUGGUUGUGCUGUUGGCAUUCAAAUCCAUGAAGCCGGGAAGAACCAUGAGGUGGCUGUUGGCAUCAGGGGCUUCUAACUAUGUCAUUCCCAGCUGCACUCUUGUCCAAGUGGUUAUCUGUGGCAUGUGGCUGGGACUGUCUCCCCCCUUCAUUGAUGUAGAUACACGCUCUGAGCCCAGGCACCUGCUCAUCGUGUGUGACAAGGGCUCAGUCUCUGCCUUCUACUGUGUGCUGGGCUACCUGGGCUCCUUGGCCCUGGUCAGCUUCUCCUUGUCCUACCUUGUCCGCAACCUGCCUGACACCUUCAAUGAAGCCAAGUUCUUGACCUUCAGCAUGCUGGUGUUCUGCAGCGUCUGGGUCACCUUUCUGCCUGUCUACCACGGUGCCCAGGGCAAGCUCAUGGUGGCCUUGGAGAUCUUCUCCAUCUUGGCUUCCAGUGCUGGUCUCCUAGUGUGCAUCUUUGCUCCCAAAUGUUACAUUAUUCUGAUGAGACCUGAGAAGAACUCUUUGAAUCACCUAAGGAGUAAAAUACACAACAGGAGAAAUCCACAUUCUUAA